GUGAGCUUCGUAUAAAAACAGAAACAUAAGCGGAUAGAGAAGCGGACGUAGCACAACCGAUUGAAAACGUAACGGCAGCAGCAAAGCAGAGUGUUUCAAGUAGCAAAGAUUAGUGCAGAAGAAAAAGUGAAGAUUUUUCUCAAAGUUAAAUUAAAAAGUGAUAAGUUUAUGAAAAUUUCAAAUACUAGUGCGAUACAUAACCACAAAAUAUUGCCUAGUAAGGCAGUGGCCAAAGGGGAAGAGUGUUAAAUCAGUGCUUGUCAAAGUGAAAGAUACCUACAGUGAAAAGUAAAAAAGGUCAAAGGAAUCAGCUAAGUAAAAGUAUAAUACAAAAGUGCAAAAAUGGGAUUGAACGGCUGUUGUUCGUGUGUAAAAUACUUGAUGGUGCUGAUAAACAUCUUAUUUUGGAUUAUUGGCCUAAUUAUUGUGAUCAUCUCAGUGUGGAUGCUUACCGAUCCGUCGUUCGUGCUGUCGAUGACCCAAUCCUAUAAUCACUACUACAUCGCGUUGUACGUCUUCCUUGGCAUUGGUGUGCUCAUCACGCUGGGCGGCUUCUUCGGCUGUUGUGGCGUCGUAAAGGAAUCGCAAUGUCUGCUUAUAUCGUUCUUCUGUGUAAUUCUGGUGGUGAUGGUGGCACAGAUUGCCGCCGGCGCAUGGGCAUUCCACAACAAAGACAAACUCGAUGACAUUGUACGCGCGUCGGUGAAGUAUUCGGUGCAGGAGGAAUAUGGCCAAUCAAGCAUGAGUUCGCGCACGGUCACUUUUGACAACAUACAAAAUAAUUUGAAAUGUUGCGGUGCUGAUGGACCGGCCGAUUGGGCAACGAGUCGUUUCAACAAUGUCGAUCGCACAAAUAUCGUCGAUAUUGCCAUAUCAUCGAUGAAUGUGUUCUACAAUAUACCCGAAUCGUGUUGUAAAGAUGAAUUGAAAGAGAAUGUGUGUGAGAUGUCGAGAAAGUUGAAAUUCGGUGGUUCGCUAAAUACAGCAAUAUAUCAACAGGGUUGCGUUGAUAAACUAAUUGAACUCAUUUACGAGAAUUGGGUACUGAUCUUCGGCAUCUCAGCGGGUGUGAUUCUAUUGGAAUUGUUGGCGUUGACCUUCUCAUUGAGCCUUUGCUGUGCGGUGCGCAAUCAACACUACAAAGCCUGAGAAUUACUGAAUUCCCAGCGGGAAAUAAAUGACGACGAAAAAUAUUAACAAACCAAACCGAAAAGGAGGAGGACAAAGGCGUUCUAAUAAUAUCUAACAAAAGAAAGAUAACAAAUAUAAUCAUUAUCAAAUCAACACAUGCGAAAACUUGAGCGAGGCAAGCGGAUUAUAUCUCCGCGAGGUAGAAGAAGUUGGAGUAAACGCGGAAUUAAAAAAAUAUAUAAAACAAUUGAUAUACGAGUUGGCAUGUGUAAGGCAAGAAGCUUGCUGAGAGCGGAGGUUUAUGUUUCAUAAAUACACAAAUGUGUGUAAGCUUGCAAUACAGUGCAAAAGGAUGAGAAUUAGCAAAAACACAUAAAUAAUUCAAGCAUUAAAAGCAAACAUUGAUGUAUGUACAAUUGCUUGCAGUGAAUCUCUGGCAAAUAGAAUUUACUAAAAAAAUAUGCUGGUAAAUUAUAUCUAAGGAAAAAAAAGGAAUUUUCAUUUGUAUUCUCCAAACUUUUGUAAAACACAACAAAUUUGUAAGCAAAACUUUGUAGAAAAAUGGAAAAUCUUCAUCUUCAUAAAACAAUAAUCAAAAUGCAUAUGCCACUCACAAACGAAAAUAAGCAAAACUAGUUAGUUAUAAUGGAAUGUUACAAAGAAAAAGAGAAAAAUGUAAAUGCAAAAUGCUCAACACACCAUUUGCACUACUUUAUAUAAUUUAUAGAUCAUUUCUUAAACGAUGAGAAUUUACAGCUAUUGACUACACUAUGAUGCCAAAUUUACGUUGUUGCAAGUACUAUAUCUAUCGUAAUUAAUCAAUAUGUUAGUGCACAAAUGAUUAACACCAAUUGCACGAAAUCUACCAAGUUCGAGGUCUUCCGCUAUACAAAAUAUGUAUUUAUAUUUAAGUUUUUUUGCCAAAUGCCAAAUGUAAACCACUUAUUAUUUAUUUAACAUUAAAUUAAAAUGUGUUGAGAAACGCUGAUUAAGACGCUUAGGUCGUUGAAACAGUAAUUUUUUCCGUUAGAAAAAAAAACUUAAAAAUAUAUUUUUCGUAAUUUCAACCGCAUAUGUGGGUUUCUCAAAAAUAGUUUGUCGCGCGAUUUGAUUUUCAUUAAAUUAUUAAAAAAAAAUCCAUGGAAUAAUAUUUAAGAUAAAAAUCAAAAUUACACAUUAAAUUCAAGUAAUGCUACAAUGCAGAACAAUAAAACCCUCAGUCUUAGUCGAAACAAAAUAUACAAGAAAUAUUGCAAAAUUUGUUUACAGUUAAGUAUAAAAUUAUGACAUGUUAAUAAUUUUAA